AUGGGCCUACGGUACUUGACGGCGGUGCUGAAAGGCCGGGUCGGCUUCAAAGUCCGUAACUUUGUUCCGUUCGACGAUACAACAAGGUUUGGCUAUCUACAUUCGAGAUUAUUCUUGGCCAAGGACCCGGAAGGCGUUCAGUUCGUUGGUAUUGGGCCCAAGACGACGCGAUCGGGCGAUAUUUUGGUUCAGUUCCUCAAAACGGAUGCGGUACUGCUCGUACGCGUCGUCAAAGGCGAAGGCACGAUAAACAGUCCUUCAUGGGAUAGUCCCUCUGGAAACGACCUGAUCCAGAAGGACGAUGAUCAAGCGUUUGAGACUUUGCUGACACUGCAGCAACUUACGCGCCUCUCCUUUGAUUCGACUGUCUUGGACACCGAACGCGUGGCAUGCCAUCUUCCAGUUCCAGAGGCUGUUCGGUUUUUGGGAUCGUGA